AUGUCUUCUUGGGAACAGACAUCACCAAUGAUAAAAUUUGAAGACUCGCCAGCCGAGUCCUUCGUCUCCACGCCUGGCGAGCUAUACCCCUCACUAUUUGGUGAUGGCGCCACGACCUCCGAUAACACUACCAUCGAUCCUUCCGAAAUGUUGACACCUCCAGCCUUCACUGAGGAGGGUGCUGGCGUGUUGCCCGUGGAUUCUUCAGCCUCACCUGCCUCUAACUCCCCAGACAAGAAGCAGGUCAAAAAGAGAAAAUCGUGGGGCCAGGUUCUUCCGGAACCAAAAACAAAUCUUCCCCCCAGGAAACGUGCGAAGACCGAGGAUGAGAAGGAGCAACGCCGAGUAGAGCGUGUCCUCCGCAAUCGCCGCGCCGCCCAGUCAUCCCGGGAGCGUAAACGCUUAGAGGUUGAGGCUUUAGAAAGACGUAACAAAGAACUUGAAGCCGCCCUCCAAAAUGUUACCAAGGCAAACCAGCUCUUGGUGGAGGAGCUGAACAAGUUCCGUCGAGACUCGGGCAUGUUGACCCGUUCUUCAUCACCCCUCGACCCACUCCGCCCCAACGCUGUGACUUUAUCACAAGAACUCUUCAGCUCCCAAGAUGGACACCGUCCCCCGUUGGGUGAGACCCCGUCUCUUGUAGACGAUUUGAUAACUUCAUCUCAAUCCAACGCCACUGUCAACCCCGCAUCGCUCUCUCCCGAGCUUGCUCCCAUCCCUGAAAAUGAUGAGGAGACGGGUGCUGAGGACAAUAAGAUGGCCGAGACCAAUGCGAACUCGUCCUCCGACCUGACACAACGUCCUGCAGCGAUGUUGUGCGACCUGCAGUGUCAUCAGUCGGAGGAUCCGCAAUCAUGGCUGGCCUCUCUAACCCCUCUGCAUCCGACCUUGGCCUAUUAUCUGCAGCUUCAGAUGCUGUUGGUCACCUCAUCAGUGAUUCUUUCAGUUUGUCGGCGGCCCUUGACGCAGAUCGCUAUGUCCUUGAAAGCGGGCUUCUCUCUUCCCCCAACUCCCUCGAUUAUGAACACGAUUAUAUGGCUGGUGACUCUGCCACCUUCCUCCAAGACCCGUUCGACAUCACCGAGUUCCUCCACGACGAGAUUAACGGCGGCGUCGCAUCAGACACGAACGCAGUCAACGGCUCAGCCGUCGCAGCGGACCCGGACUUCGGCCGCGAUCUUACCCACUCUGAGACUCAAGUCUCUUCAGAGAAUCCUAACCUGCAGCCCCACUCUGGCGCGUCCGCUUAUGGAUGCGACGAUGGAGGCAUUGCGGUUGGUGUCUGAAGGAUGCGAUCACCGGUUUGGGGGAUUGUCGACCGAAUCUCCGGCGGGGCGCGACAGCGGCCGAGUACCGCAGACGUGGUUGAACGGCGCAACGUUACCGUCCAAGGAGGUGCUCGUGACGUUAUUGUGGGCUCUUAAAGUCGAAGAGCAGAGGAUGAUCCGCAAUGGGUUGCUCUCAAGUAGCAAAAUCCCCAAACCGGCGAUGGGCAUCUCACCACCAGCCAGUUCUUUUGUGUUGAAGGUUGCUUCCAAGAGGAAGCGAGGCGAGGCAGAUAUGAGCGAAUCUGGGAAGCGUUUUCGAUUGGCUUGA